GCGGCGCCAAGUAAAGCUGUGUGUGCCGUGAGCCGUGCGGACGCCGUUGACGCGUGAGCUCAAAGGUGUAUAUGUGCGCACAUGAUUUCUCUCCGCGCUCUAUAUAUGUAUAAUGCAUAUAUACAAGCGCUUGCGUACGCACGUGCAUGACAUAUACUCGCGCGCUCGCGCGCGCGGCUAUAUUUGCGCUCGGUACUUGCGGACUGACAGCUGCCAGCACGAGUAGCAGGAGUGGCGGAUCAUGUAAGGAUCUUCCGUGUCGACUUGCCAACGAGACACCUCGUCCUACGAAAGGUUGCACUGCCAGGGCGACACGUUAAAAGAGUUAACAGGAUAGGCAGACGUAGAAGUGGGCGGAAAAGGAGCAAACGUUCCAGAGGCGGAAUGACACGUCCUCCAAACAAUGAUCAUCUUAUGACCUUUAAAUUGGUCGUCGUUGGAGAUGGAGGUGUCGGCAAGAGUGCUCUUACGAUACAGUUUUUCCAGAAACUGUUUGUCGCAGACUAUGAUCCAACUAUUGAGGAUAGUUAUAUUCAACACACCGAGGUAGACAAACAAUGGUGUAUCUUGGAUGUGUUAGAUACAGCUGGUCAGGAAGAAUUUAGUGCUAUGCGUGAACAGUAUAUGCGGAAAGGCGACGGAUUCCUUUUAGUAUAUUCUGUGACUGACAAACAGUCGUAUCAAAACAUCUCCAAUUUUCAUACUCAAAUUCUACGAGUGAAAGAUAGAGAUGUUUAUCCCAUGCUACUGGUGGCUAAUAAAGUGGAUCUGGUGCAUUUGAGGAAAGUCACAGCGGACGAGGGGAAAGAUUUGGCUGUACGUCUGGGCAUACCUUAUAUCGAGACUUCUGCCAAAGAUCCACCAUUAAAUGUAGACGUGGCGUUUCACGAGGUUGUUCGCAUUAUCAGAGAUCAACCUCCGGCCGAAUUGGAGAAAAAUCAAAAAAAGCGACGACGUUCGAAAAAGUGUAACAUUUUAUAAAGUUUGGAGAGAAACUACGCACAUGUGCAAGAAUCAAGGAUCAUGGUGCUGCGCUGUAAUCGUGCAAUGCCUUUGCUUCUGGAAGAGUACGCCCUUGUUCAGGAAAUCUAUCGGGGAGGAUAAUUUUUCUUCAGUAAUUCUAUAGGUAUCUAUGACUUUUUUAUUUUUUGUUGCAUUAACGGGUGCUAUUAAGUACCUUCUUCUUUGUACCCCGUGGAUAAGAUAUUUAUGAAGAGUAGCUGUCAUAGAAAAAUUGUGCCAAUGAAAAACAAGAAGGCUCUGAAGCCAAUGCUAUGAAGUUAGAUAUUUUAAAUCUAAUUUAGGAUGAAUUUAUUACGAUAUUCAUAGCGCAAAAUGAGCAUUGGAAACAUUGACUGUCCAUCCUCUGCAUGAUAAAUUGAUACUACAUCUGUAUCCGUGUGCGCGCGUACACAUCAACUUUUCUACCAUCAAAAAGAAUAUGUAUACAUAUGAAAUUGAGCGUUUUUUAUUACACGAUGCAUAAUAUUAAAAGUUUUGUACUUCUUCGCGUAUAAGAAAAAAUUCUUGUCAUAAAAUGACUACAAUCAUUUUGUCGAUAUCGAGCUCACCUCUCAAAUAGCUGUUGUAGCUUCAAGUAGUUGUGUUUCAUUACGGUAUCUUUUUACUUUUCUUUCGUAGUUAAGAUAGUCUCUUCACAACAAACUUGAUCAAACCUUUUCUGAAGACACAUUAAAUGUGCUUUUCAUUACUUGAACUCUCUCCCAUUUUUCUAUGCUAGGAAUACAAUUAUGACAAUUGAUUACUAAUUAUUUGCAUAAUUAAUAAAAGUGACGCAGUAUUGUACAUUAUUUUAUUUUUUACAUGUUAUAAAGUAACAAGUUAAAUACUAUAGUAAAAAAUUUGAUACAGAAAUGGUUAAUAAAUAAGAAAAUCUUUAAACAUGGCAAAAAAAUUUUAAUUAUAAAUUCUUUUAUUAACGGAU